AUGGUCAGUGCCAAGAUGAUGGCUCAACUGGCAAAGAACUGGCAGAGGAUGACAUCGCUUGGAAGGAAGCACCUGACUAGGGGGACGGCAAAGGAAUCCGACGAGUGCUGCACCUCUGUGGCGGGCAAGGGCCACUGUGUGGUGUACACAGCCGACGAGAGGCGGUUCGAGGUGCCACUGGCAUUCCUUGGAAACAGGGUCUUCGAGGAGCUCCUACGGAUGUCCCAGGAGGAGUUUGGCUUCAUGAGUGAUGGGCGGAUCACGCUCCCUUGUGAUGCUUCAACCAUGGAGUACGCCAUGUGCUUGCUCAGAAGAAGUGUCUCUUCAGAGGUAGAGAAGGCAUUCCUAAGCACCAUGGAGUUGUCAUGCGUCUAUGCAACUUGUGUGGCACCAUCUGUAGGAGUUAGUCAGAAGGUUGCUGUUUGCAGCUUCUAA